CCUAUACCCACAUCUAUUGGGAGCGGAGGAGAGAUACGUGGAUGGCUAAGUGCGAGCUUUUGCAGAUCGAGCAACAGGAAACCUGGGCACGAAGAGCAAGAGAGAAGGGCAUGUCACAGACAGAUAGAAUGACCAGAGCAACCUUCCGCAGAUUGUGUCCGGCAAGAUCUCAUGGGGUUAUAAGGGCUUUGAAACACCCUUUUAAUGCCCAUGCGGACCUUGCAGAGGACACGGUAACGAUGGCAGAGUACGCCAGGAUCUACUAUGGUGAUAUCCUCACCUCAAGGAGACACCCGGCCGAAUCGUUAUCAGAUUUGCAUCAGGAAGCAGAUCUCUGGCAAUACACGGACAAGGCUUUGCUCCCGCAUCAGCGCAUGGCACUGGACAGGCCGCUGACUCCGAAAGAACUGAAACAGGCGAUGCUCAGCAUGGCAAAAGGCAAGGCGCCAGGAGAUGACGGUCUGCCAAUUGAAUUCUUCAUCGCAAUGUGGGAUCAGGUGGGCGCCAUUCUGUUGAAGCUAAUCAACAAUGUCCUAGAAGGUGGUACGCUGACGGACGACAUGUGUAGGGGAGUGAUCACACUCCUCUACAAAAAGGGAGACAAACAAAAUGUCCGUAACUGGCGCCCAAUCUCCUUGCUCAAUGUGGCAUACAAGAUCUUGGCAAAGGUGUUGGCAAGGAGACUGGCGCCCAUCUUACCAGCCUUAGUCGGAACGGAUCAGGGAGCUUUUGUUAAAGGUAGAUCAAUAGCCGAGAACAUCCUGGUGGCGAUGGGAGCACUGGAGAUCAUUGGAAGAGAGAGAAGACAAGUUAUGGUGGCCAUGCUAGACCUAGAAAAGGCUUAUGACCGGGUCAAUUGGUCCUUUGUUUUGGCCCCCUUGGAACACAUGAACUUCGGCACAGGGUUCAGAAAAUGGGUCGAAGCAAUGUACUGCUCAUCCACUGCUACAGUGCUAGUCAACGGCAAAAGAUUCCAAGAAUUUUCGCUUUCCCGUUCGCUCAAACAAGGCUGUCCGCUUGCACCACUGUUGUUCGUGACCCAAAUGGAGAUCCUGCUGAACGCACUGAGAACAUCACCACGAAUCAGGGGUCUGAAACUACAGGAAGACGGGGAAGUACGUACAGGGGCCAUAGCUGAUGACUUACUGCUGAUCACGGAGGCUACUCCAGAAUCCACACAGGCUGCCAAUGAACUGUUGGACCAAUAUGAAGAGCUAUUAGAGGCCAAGGUAAACUGGGAUAAGUCAGCCUACUUCCUCCCCCAAGACUUCGACCUUCCAGACGACUGGUCAAUGAAGCGGAUCAUGGACGCGGAUGCUGAACGUUAUUUGGGGGUGCAGGUUUCGCUCACAGAUAGUCGCCCCACGCAAGACGCUGUGUUGGUGAGCAAGGUGGAGGCCUCUGGCAGAAAAAGCAGAGCAGCUCUUGGUUUAUCCUUAAUGGGAAGAGCUCUGGUCAUAACCUCCUCGAUGUUCGCGUUACUAUGGCAUGUGGCAAUGGUCAUCGUAAUAUCAAAUCCCACCAUCCAGAAAGUCGAAUCCGUGGCGGCUCGGUUCCUUCGGCAGGACUUGGAUCGAGAAAGGAAUCUCCCGCAUAAGCGACAUUUGGUCAGAAGAAGAAGCCGGUUGGGCAGAGCACAGCUAGUGGAAGAGAAACUAGGAAGAUUAAUAGAGGCCAUACCGCACGAGUGGGUCCAAAUGUUGUUAGAAAGAAAUCAGAGAAGAGAAGGUAUGUGGGUGAGGGAGGGGAUGAGCUCAGAGGAGGAAGCACCAAUCUACAGACUAGAGUCGAGACUAGAGGAAGAGGAGUGGCAAGCGUCUCAGUGGGAACUGGCGACCCCACCAGCAAGAGAGGGGAACCUGGAGAAGAAGAGGGACAACAUAAUUGGUCCAGAAAGUGCGUUGGUGGCAAUCAGAGUGGUUCCAAAGUGGAAAGCAACGGUAGGAGAGGAUGGACGUUAACUCAGGGCGGGAGACCGAUAACAGAGCUGAGGUUGGAUCCAGGUACGAUAGUAUGGAACGUA